AUGAGCGCGUCAAAAUCAGGAAGUGCUGCGACUGAUGUCCGUCUGCGAGCGAGAGACACGAAGAGGGAGGAAAAUGCUAGAAAUGGACGGCGGAAAAUAAAUGAACUGCGUAUGAACGACAACGCAAACGUCUGAUUUAAAACAGGACGGGAAAGGGAGCAAUUUCUGGGAGAAAGAGAGGAUCGAUCAGGUCAACGUAACCUAAAAUCCACGCACAGUAAUACCCUCAAAUUCACCAGAGAUUACAAUCGAGAAACCCAACGAAAGCAAAAAUGAGCUCCCACGAUUCGGAGGUGUACACGCUCGCGCCGGAGAUGCCGGCGAUGUUUGACGGCAUGAAGCUGGCGGCAGUGGCCACGGUGCUCUAUGUCAUCGUCCGGUGCCUGAACUUAAAAAGCCCCACAGCUCCUCCAGAUCUGAUCUAUCAGGAGACAGCGCUGAACCACUUCUUACUCAAAUCCUGUCCUAUACUGACCAAAGAGUACAUUCCUCCUCUGCUAUGGGGUAAAAGCGGUCAUCUGCAGACAGCCCUCUAUGGAAAGUUGGGUCGGGUUAGUUCUCCGCACCCGUUCGGCCUGCGCAAAUACCUGCCCAUGCAGGACGGGGCAACGGCGACGUUCGACCUCUUUGAACCGCUGGCGGAUCAUCAGACCGGAGAGGACGUCACUAUGGUUAUUUGUCCUGGUAUCGGGAAUCACAGUGAGAAGCACUACAUCCGCACGUUCGUGGAUUAUUCACAGAAACAGGGUUACCGGUGCGCUGUGCUCAAUCACCUCGGGGCCUUGCCAAACAUUGAGCUCACCUCUCCUCGCAUGUUCACAUAUGGCUGUACAUGGGAGUUUGCAGCAAUGGUGGGCUUCAUAAAGAAGACACACCCCCAAACCAAACUUAUAGUCGUGGGCUUCAGUCUGGGUGGAAACAUCGUGUGCAAGUUUUUGGGAGAGAACAGCGCCAAUCAGGAGCGAGUCCUGUGCUGUGUCAGUGUAUGUCAGGGAUACAGCGCGCUGAGGGCUCAGGAGACGUUUCUGCAGUGGGACCAGUGUCGGCGUUUCUAUAACUUCCUGAUGGCCGACAACAUGAAGAAGAUCAUUCUGACCCACAGGGGCACAUUGUUCGGGCUCGGCUCCACUAAAAUGGUUGAUGCAGAUUUGAGUCGACUCUACACUGCCACAUCCCUCAUGCAGAUCGACGACAACAUCAUGAGAAAAUUCCAUGGACACAACACUCUGAAGGAAUACUAUGAGAAGGAAAGCUGUGUCCAUUUCAUUCAUAAUAUAAAUGUGCCUCUGUUGCUGGUGAACUCUGCUGAUGAUCCUCUCGUCCAUGAUUCCUUGCUCACCAUUCCUCGCACGCUCGCAGAAAAAAAAGAAAACGUCAUCUUCGCCCUGACACUGCACGGCGGGCACCUGGGUUUCUUCGAGGGUGCCGUGCUGUUUCCUCAGCCCCUCACCUGGAUGGACAAAGUCAUCGUGGGUUACUCGAACGCCAUCUGCCAGUGGAAAAAACAGAAGCCGCCGUGUCAAAGUCAAGACGCCCAUUCCGGCGAAACCAAAUGCCAAGACAGUCAAUCCUAACCGCCCUCGAAAUCAUAGAUUUUCAUCUCGCACGUGACGGAUUACACCACCUGCAUCGUCAAGCAUUAUCCAUCGGUGGAGAAAAUCGCCUUCUUUCGGGUAUCAUGGUUUAUUGACGCAGUUGCUUCAACAUUUCCGGUGAAGAAAACUAAAAGUCACUUUGUAAGUUAACUACGUAGUUAACUGUACAUGACUACAAUCAACAACUCCUCCCUCUGAUUAGGAAAUAUUAAAAACCGGUUAGUUUUGGACUGCCGUAGAGGACAAGCUCAGGCGGAUCGAGUUUCACAAAAACAGCCAGGUCACAUUUCACCCCAAAUACCAAAAAAAAAAUUUGUUUGCGUUAUUUUCAUUAUAAAUAAGCACUUUUUGUUUAAAUUUUCAUUACUGUAACUUUUACAGUAUUUCUGUUGCGCUUAGUGUUAGAGAUUCACAUUAAAUGACCAUUGCUUUAAUACAGUGUUGUUUAGCAUAAAUGAAGACUGUGAAACAAAUAUUAGUUUAUUAUUUAAAUAGUUUUACAUUACAGUAAUUCGAAUCGGCCCUAACUUGAUACAGACUUUCUAUAAGACUUUAAGAAAAGUACGCUUUUGUAUUUCUUUGAUUUCGGGGUGAAUUAUGGCCGUGGAUAUGUUCAAGUCAGCUUAGUAAACAAACACUGCUUAUUUCGCCAUACGCAACAGCUGACUUUAUAGAAAGUGGCCGUUAUGCAGGCACUAUGUGCUUAUAGAUACGACAGACACGAUGCUUGUGUACAUUAUUGCGCAACUAAAUUCUGUGUUUAGUCUGGGUUCAUGUUGGGACUAUAAGGUGUAUUUCACUACCUAGGCCUUCGACACACAAAAUCUUAAUUUGCUGUAUGUACCAGGCCUUGUGUGUUAAUCCAAAUACAUUCCUAGUCAUUUAGUUUUCGUUUAAGCACUUUUAUAUAUAACAUCUGCCCUCAUUUCAUUUUUAAUACUGUAACCAGAGGGAGAAAAGAGAUCUUAGAUCUCUUCCGAUCUCCCAAACCUGUUUGUUUUGUAACACGUACCACAUCGUUUCAAAUCACAUUACGUUAAAUGGAUAGUUCACCCAAAAAUGAACAUUUGGUCAGCAUUUACUUGUUAUAAACCUGUAUAAAUUUAGAAGAUAUUUUGAGGAAUGUUUGAAACCAAACUGAUCAAAAGCCCCAUUCACUUCCAUAGUAUUCCUUAUUCCUACUAUGGAAGUCAAUGUGGCCUCUAAUUGAAAUAUUCCUAAAAUAUCUUACAUUUAGGUUUGUAACAAACGUUAUAGUGAGUAAAUGAUGACCGAAUUUUCAUUUUUGUGUGAACUAUCCCUUUAAAUUCCCACUCGUGUGGAAGAGAAACUGAUAAAAAAGAAAUACAGCAGAAGUUGCUGGUGCAGUAUUGACUUGUAUUUGUUUUGUUGAAAGCGGUAGAUCUACUGUAGAUUGUAUAAAGUGUUGAUUCGGGAGCCAGUGGGAGACAACGGUGCAUUUUAAAAAUGCAUGUCUAUGAAAUCUGUGCUUUCAUUUGCAAUUUGCUUAAACUUUUAUCUGUUUUGUGCAAUUGUUCGAUUAUGUAUGUAUGUACUAAAUCUUUCUUUACUUUGGUGAUAUAUAAACGGAGACAUGAACUAAAUGAAAUGGA